UAGAUACCAUCGCGAGCACUCAACGGCAUGCAGAAGAUGAGCGCACUUGAUUUCGAUUAUAAUGAGAUUGUGCGUAUCGAAGAUUACAGCUUUUACGGGCUACGUUUGUCGAAGCUCAACAUGAAGGGCAACCAACUGCAGUCAAUACCCGAACACGCUUUCGUAGGACUGGAGGAGUCCAUACAAGAGAUUGACCUAUCCGAGAAUGCGCUGCGUACAUUUCCGUUACUCUCCUUACGGAAACUCGAUUAUCUACGUACAUUGCGACUAUCCAAUAACAAGAUCUCCACAUUUUAUGGUGACAUAACGCUCGCGACGAACAAUGCUUCGGCAGCGGCAACGGUGCUACGGCUGCCAUCUCUGAUAUUUCUGGACUUGAGUUCAAAUCAAUUUACGGAGAUUGUGAAUGAUUGUUUUAGCGCCUUUCCACAGCUGAAAACACUAUCGCUAUACGCGAAUCAAAUAGAGCUCGUACAACCGGACGCAUUCAAGAGUUUGAAAGAGUUAAUGUCGCUCGAUAUGUCACACAAUCGCAUUAUUUCGUUGGAUGCCAAGAUUUUCGAUAAAAAUAAACGUCUGCAGACAGUGGACCUUAGUCACAAUCAUGUGCACUCAAUUAGUGGUGUCUUCUCGAAUUUGCCGCAACUACGUGAAGUCUUUCUCUCCGAAAACAAUAUACUCGAAUUGCCUGCAGACGCCUUUACGAAUUCGUCCAAUGUGGAUGUCAUCUAUUUGGAAUCGAAUGCCAUAGCACACAUCGAUCCGAAUGUCUUUAGCACGCUUGUCAAUCUGGAUCAUUUAUAUUUGCGUUCCAACUUCAUACCGUUAGUGCCUGUAACGCUCUUCGAUAAAUGUCAGAAACUCACUUCAUUAUCGCUCGAUAACAAUCAAAUACAGGAUCUCGAGAUCGGCAUGUUUAGGAAGUUGGAAUUCUUACGUGAAGUGCGCUUGCAUAACAAUCGUAUACGACGCAUACGCAAGGGUGUCUUCGAGCCCUUACCGGCAUUACAGGAACUUCAUGUACAAAAGAACAAUAUCGAGGAUAUCGAACCGGGCGCCUUUCAAAGUCUAACCAAUUUGCAGCACAUCAACUUACAGGAUAACCAACUGACUGUGUUGGAAGACAUUUUUCCAAACGACAAGGCCAACUCUUCGCUGCUCUCCAUACAGCUGGAGGAGAAUGAGCUGCACAAGAUACACGUGCGUACAUUUCGGCGGCAAGAGCGCAUACAGAUUAUGUGGCUGCGCGACAAUCAGCUGACUCGUGUAGACAAAAGCAUGUUCGUGGAUCUGCUGAAGCUCGGACGCCUGUACCUUAGCAAUAACCUCAUACGCGACAUUGACAAGGAUACUUUCAGCACGCUGAAACAUUUGAAAUUUCUCGACUUAAGCGGCAAUCGGCUGAAGCAUGUGCGCCGCGAAUACUUUGCACCUCUCGUGAGCUUAGAGGAGCUAAGUCUCGCACAAAACUACAUUGAAGCGCUGGAAAGCUAUUGCUUCAAUAAAUUGAAGAACUUACGCGUACUCGAUCUCUCAAACAAUCCUUUGGUGCAAUUAACCAAGGAUAUUUUCAUGGAAGAAUUACCUUUGACGUUUCUGAAUCUGCGUAACACAUCGCUACGAAAAAUUGAGCUCCAUACUUUCAAGGCGCUUCAGAACCUGAAUGAACUCAUUUUGGAGGAUAAUCAAUUGAACCCCUCCGAUAUACAUAAGCUAGAUGUGCCGAGUUUGCGUAGUCUCUACCUCGCUCAUAACGACUUCAGUCACGAGCGUGUGGGUGGCAUAACGGCCGGCAUGUUCGAUAAGAUGCGUUCGCUACAAUUGCUAACGAUGGCCAAUUGCAGUAUAGAUUUAUUGCCAGACGAGAUUUUUACUAAGAAUACCAAUCUCGUUAAACUCGAUCUGUGCGACAACCGCAUCACUGUUAUGAAUCGGAAUAUCUUCAACGGCCUGAACGUGUUUAAAGAGUUGAAGUUGUGUCACAAUCAGCUCUCGGAGUUUCCGCACAUUGCACUAUAUAAUUUGAGCACGCUAGAGACCUUGGAUUUGUCACGCAAUCAGUUGACCUCUAUCGACUUCUUCAAGCUGAGCGGCACGCUGAAUCUGCGUCAGCUCAACUUGCAUGACAACAAAAUCACUUCGUUGAGCGGUUUCAAUGCGGUUAAUCUGACCCAACUCGAUAAUAUUGAUCUUAGUGGCAAUCUUUUAUUAUCUUUGCCUGCGAAUUUUCUGCGACACUCUAUAAAUUUACAGCGUGUGGACUUGUCGAGUAAUCGCUUUCUGCAGCUGCCCAGUUCAGCGCUAUCGGACAUCUCCAUACCACGCCUCUCUUGGCUCAAUCUCACUGGUAAUCCAAUAAAUAAGAUUUACACAGUUAAAGAGGAGCGUUACCCCUACCUUAAGGAGCUUUAUAUCUGUCAAACCAAUCUGUCCAUAUUGACUUCGAAAGACUUUGAAGCUUUUCAGGCUUUACAACACUUGCAUUUGGUUAAUAAUCGCAUCACACGCAUCUCACCUGGCGCCUUCAAAUCACUCACGAAUCUGCUGACAUUGGACAUCAGCAUAAACGAAUUGGAAAUGCUGCCGAAAGAGCGUCUGCAGGGCUUGACGUUACUGCGCUUUUUGAAUAUUUCACAUAAUAUUCUGAAAGAAUUGGAAGAGUUUAGUAGCGAUUUGGCUCAGUUGCAAACUUUUGAUUUGUCCUACAAUCAAUUGGAUCGCAUAUCGAAGAAGAGCUUCCGAAAUCUGCAUGGCCUCGUGGAACUGUAUCUAAUGGGCAAUCGCAUGACGGUCUUGUCGAACGACGCUUUUCGUUACUUGCGUAAGCUGCAUGUGCUUGAUCUACGUAAGAACUACUUUGAACUGGUGCCGAUUGAGGCGCUCAAACCUUUGGAGACUAACAUAAAAACAUUGAAAUUGGAAGAAAAUCCACUGCAUUGCAGCUGUGACGCACAAAAGCUAUGGGAAUGGCUGCGCGAUCAUCGAAAAUGGUCGCAAACGAGCGCCGGUGAUGGCAUUAAUUACUUAAGGUGUGAACAUCCAGUGGACUUGAGGGGCAAGGUAUUCGCCAAAAUGGAGCCGCAACAAUUUUGUGAUGCACCGUUGAUACCGAAAAUCGCCAUACAGGAUAUUCAGCCAUAUUCAGUGGUCGUUUCGUGGCUAAGUCGUGAGCAUUUGGGUUUAACUGGCUAUGAAAUUGUAUAUUACGCGACCACAGAUGGCAUUGAUUACGAUGAGAUGCGUGGCAAACGUCUCAACGGCACCGCGAACUCGGCCAAAUUAACAAAGCUGAACGCGAAUACGCGCUACCACAUCUGCGUCAUUGGCACCGGUAAUUGGCUGUCCGAGCCGGCGGCGAAUGCCUUGCAAAGGAUACACUUUAACGACACCGUGCUAAUGUUACGCGACGAUGCGGCCGCAAGUGGCGGCAACUACAACGCAGGCCAACAACAGCAACACUACUAUUACGACCAACAGCAACAGCAACAACAACAGCAGCAGCAAUCCGAAUAUUAUCAGCAAUAUUUUCACACGUAUCAACAGCCGCACGACCAGCAGCAAUUAUUUACGCAAGCCGAGCCGCAACAACAACAGGCGCUAAUCGAGAAUACCGUCGUCACGGACAAUGCGCUGCGGGACGUAUUGAAAAAUACACACAUCACCACUUGUACGGACGUGCAAACACUGGACUCGACACCGAGUCUGGUGACCGACGAGAACGGGCUCUCCAGCAACGGCUUCAUACACUCGAUAUUAACGCGGCGCCUCGGUCUGAUUGUCGGCUGUUGCCUGGGCAUCAUUGUGUUCAUUGUCAUGAUUUCGGUGUUGAGUUAUGUGAAACUGAAGAAGCAACGCAUCGAGAAUGCCAAAAGACAAGCUGCCAUGCCACCCGAAUACAUUUCGUAUCGACACUUCUCCAUACCCAAUGAGGAGCUGGUGCGCGCCUCGGUAGCUGGCGGCGCUACCACGACAAUUUCGAGUGUACCGAGCGGCAUUAGCGCACACAUCAGCGGCACCAGCCUGAGCACCAGCGCCACAGCCACCACGGCUACCACGCCACUGGGGACCAGUACCGGCAAUGGCACUGACAGUAAGGGCGUCGGUGGUGGUGGCGGCGGCACAGUGACAUCCGCUACCAACACGCUAAAGAAGAGCGAAGUCAACGCCAACUUAACGGGCGUGAGUGGUGUGAGCGUCGGUGUGAGUGUCGGUGUGGGGAUGGUUAUUGCCGAAAGCAAUGGCUUGGUGAAUUUGACCUCAACCGCCACAAAAGCAACGAGCAAUGAUGUCAGCGGCACAACGACAUCAGUGGACGCAACAGCGACAGCGAACAACCACAAUCACCAUGCGCAUCAGCAGCAGCAGCAGCAGCACCACCACCAGCAAUUGCGGCUCCAGCAUCAACAACAGCAUCAGCACCAGCUACAGCGCCAGCAACAGCAGGCGGGCAAUCACCAUCAUCAUGUUGUUGGCGGCAAUAGCGGUGUGGGCUACAUGUCGUCGGGCGUUGUUUUGGGCGCGAAUCACUUGAAUGCCUGUUAGUUGCGGCAUAGCGCUUGCCACAACGCCGCAAACGUUGUCGCGAAACUCCCUUUCGGCCAUAAAGUUACGAGUAUUUUUAAGGUCCUCUUAAAACAGACACAAUCGCGUAUACUCGUGCAUACAUACAUGCAUACAUACAGACAUACAUAUUUAGCUUGUAGGCGAAGACACCUUAGGCUAAGCAUAACUGUAAAUAUGAUAAUGUAGAAAGAAGUGACUUGUUAAUGAAAAGUAUGCAAAUCGGGGCAACGCUGGCGAUAAAGCAGCUAAGAGCUGGCAAAGCAGGGCAUCCAUCGUAGUAAGUGGAACGGUUAUGGAUGCCGUGGUAUGUCAUGCCAUGCCAUGCGCUGCGUCUCUUUGCCUCCAAGAGUGUAUAAAUAUGUUUCUAAUGACUUUGUUAGUUGUAUUUAGCUUAGCUAUAAUGUGUUAGGCAACCUAAUUUAAGUUUAGAUUUAUGAUAGAUAGGCUCAGAUUGAAACUCUUAUUAUUUGCUGUACUCCGGCUACAGACUUUUAAUCGAACACACUCAUCAAUAAUGCGCACACAAUAAUUGAACACACAUAACUAGCAUUAGAUCGAUGCUAAAUAUGAAUAUAAUAUUAAAACUGAAUUUCGAAAGAAUUACGUUAUAAUCACUUCUGAAGUAAUUAUGUGGCUUAUAUGACAACUUAGUGUAAAAUAAGUAAUAUUUUGGUUAUCUUGUGGUUAUAUGUAUAUUUAGUGUAAACAUAACAUAUCUUGCCUUUAUAUUGCACUGUGCUUUGCGCAUUCAAAAAAGUUAGGUUAUUCUAAAAAAAUAAGUUGAAGGUUAUGUCAAUAACUCAGACAACGAGCACAACCUUAUGAAAACCCGAAUAAUUUGAAAAUUUUUGUAUAAAAUAUGUAUAGCAUGCUAACUUCAAUAGAUAUAACAACAAAUAUCGAGUUUUUGAAAAUUUUAGAACAGUUUUUCAAAUAAUAACUUUUAAUCUAAAAAAUCGAUUUAUUUGUAAUGAAGUAAGAUUCGGCAAAUUUUUUUAUAAAGUGUGUAGAACCUGCUAACUUCACUCGACAUAGCAGCUAUUUUCGAGUUUUUGAAAAUUUGUGGAGAAUUCUUCAAAGAGUAGUUUUUAUAAUAAAAGUUAUUUGAUGCUAGCUCUAUACUUUUUAAUUUAACAUAUUUAGUUAAUAAGAAGUUCUGAUAUUUUCCACUACGUUUGUCAACCUAUUUGGAAAAAGAGCAUCUCAAAUUGACGAUGAAUUUCAUCAAUUUUAAUAUUAUUUGUAUUCAAAUCCGCGUGUUGUUGGAGUUUCAGGAAGGGUUCCUCACUUGAAAUUUUUAAUAUUACGCCCACAUAGUAUAUUCACCAAAGCGAGUUGUGGCAUUUUCCAAAUCCGUCAAGUAGUUUUGGAGCCAAUUCGAUUCAAACAAUCAAAUAUUUCCUCCUUUUAUUAUUAACAUAGAUAUUUCAUAGCUUCAACUAAAAUGUAAAACAACGUAUCCUCUAAACAAUCCCAAUUGAGUUUUUUAUUCACUACAACAUCUUGUUACAUAUAUGUAUGUAGCAUACAUUUUUUGCUUCGGCUGUCAGAUAUAACCACUAUAUAGCCAAUACAUAACCAUUUUAUAACCAAAACUUAAAUUUUGUCUCAGUAUGAGUGGCUUCUAACUGAUUUUUCAAUAAGAGCGCUACAAAAGUUUUUUUUAAUAAAACAAAAACGGUUUGGGAUAUCAAUAAAA